GUGAAACGUCCAGGCGGAAGUGGUGGUUUCAAGAAGGAAAACAAUCAGAACCACGUCAUUUGAUAUUUGGUAAAGAUGUUUUUAUUGUUUGCUGUGUGAAUAAUGGCACACUGUCCUGCAUGACUUAGUGUCAGCCUGGGUCGUGUUUCCGUCUGUUACCGUUCAUUAUUCACCUUGUUUUCAGACGAGGCUGUCGUGCUAACUGUUAGCUCGCUAAGCUAAUGAUUGUGGUCACAAGACAAAAAUGGCCUCGAGCACAAGCGGUGAGGAGGAGCGUAGCCUCCGAGAGUGCGAGCAGUAUGUCCAGAAACACAACAUCCAGAAGCUGCUCAAGGACUGCAUCAUCCAGCUGUGCACCACCCGGCCCGACCGUCCCCUGGCCUUCCUCAGGGAUCACUUCGACAGACUGGAGAAG